AGAAGAAGCAGCAGCCCAAGUCAAAGGGCCCCAGGGCCCAGGGAGACAUCCCUGUGCCCAAGUUCAGGAGGGGGAAGAGGGAGUCGGAGCGCUCCUACAUCUGCCGCAUGGAGCAGGAGGUGCAGCGCGUCCUCUUCCUCGCCAAGAACCAGCCGCAGCAGGAGCCUGAGAAGGAGGAGAUGGCACCAGAGAAGUCCAAGAGAAAAAAAGAGUUUCAGAAUAAGAAGCUGGAAAAAGCUCGGAAGAAGAAGGAGGAGAAGAAAGAGGCCAUGCUGGAGAAAAGCCUGUUCCAAGACACAGUGGCGUUUGGAGAAGUGGUUACGCAGCCGCCCACCAUCACCUCACGACCCAGGGGCCAGGGCGCAGGUGAGCAGGCUGGCCGGAAGCGGCUCCUUCUGACGUCUCGCCUGACUCAGAGCCGGGCGUCCCCGGCAGCGCCAGUGUCGAUGGCUCGUCGGCGCAUCGUGGAGGAGGAGAGAGCACGCGUCAUCCAGGCUUACAGAGACAUUCAGAGGCGCAAACAGCAGCAGCAGGAGGCGGCACGGGGU